GCAUCGCACGGUUUUGAAAAAGACUGGCUUGCCGCGUGGGAAGAUGCCUUAUGGUUCGGCUCUGGCAUAAAAGCUUUUAACAUCGAUCUCACCUUCCUUCAACUCUCCCAAGUUCUCUUCUUCCAGUUGCUCGUCGUCCUGUCUACUUUUUAUUACACCAUUUACGAUUUUAAGAUGUUUGCUAGACUCGCUGCCCUUGCUGCCCUCGCUCUCCCUCUCGCGUCUGCACUGACGCUGAACACACCCACCAAUGUUACGAAUGUUGGCCAGGUGACGAUCACAUGGGAGGCGACCACUGCCGACCCUGGCUCGUUCGACAUUGAGAUGGCUAACACCAUCUUCCACAACACGUUCGCCAUCGCAGGCAACGUGCAAACCUCGGCGGGCUCCAUCACCAUUACGCUGCCCGAAGUCCCCGUUGGGUAAGCGCGCGGCAUCUAUCUCCGUUGAAUGAAUGAAGAAUGGCUGACUCGCCGUGC